UGAUUGGAUCCAGAAGUUUCCAGUCAUGUCUGUUACUUGUACCCAUCCAGUUUUUAAAAUUCUCAACCCACGAUUUCUCUCAUCCCCUGUCGUUUGUAUCUCUUUCUUCUUCCGUUCGCAUCCUCGAUAUGAAGUUCAUCUCUGCUGCUGCUCUUCUCGCCUUUGCCGCCUCCGUCGCCUCUGCUGCCGAUGCUGGUAUCCUCUUCAACUCUCCUCUCACCGGUACCGUCUGGACUGCCGGUAGCACUGGUAUUCUUACCUGGACUUCCGAUGAUUCCAGCGUUACCACCAUCCCUUCCAUUGAUCUUAAGCAAGGACCUUCUUCCGCUCUUCAACUUGUUUUGAACAUUGGUGAGUCCUGUUUUCUAAGGUUUUCAUUGACAGCGUGAGCAAAGGUUUUCGCAUAAACUAACUGAUUUAUGGCUUCGUAGGUGUCAACGUUCCCGUCUCUUCUACUCCAUACACCUGGAACAUUCCCGCUACUCUUCCUGCAGGAACUGACU